GCACCGCACCGCACCGCACCGCACCGCACCACUCCUUGCCGCACCACACCUCACCUCACCGUACCUCGCCACACCUCACUUCACCUCACCUUGCGCUUCACCUCACUCUCCCCCGUGUCCCACCUCACCUCAUUAAAGAUACAGACAAUCCGACAGACAGAUAGAUGGACGGACACACGCUGGUGCUUCGACUCGUUGCGAAGCUCACUUGAGAAAUUCGAUAUUGUACACUGUACACCGAUUUCCGAACUCUUGAUAUGCGUCCGUUGUCGCCGGUCUCAGACGCAUCUCUUCUGUCCCCCAACCUAACCCUAUAUGUAUAUCUUUCUGCUUCUUCUUUUUUUUCCUAUCCGUAGCUACCUAUCCGGUAGUGAACGAGGACGAGGCGUACGGUGUCGUUUCUACAUACGCUCUCGUGCGCGCGAGUGAGCAACACCAGUCGACUUCUUCUGUGUAUCACGCACGAGAACCCGCGGGACUGUGUUUGUUCUCUUGUUCGUACACACCGCGUACGUGCAACAUUAACAAAGAAACACGACCACCGAGCGUCUGUCUUCCUUCCCCUCCUCUCGACGCUGUCUUGUAUCCUUACCAAGCUGCGCGCGCAACCAAUACUUUUCACGUCAGGGCCGUACAUAGGUUAGUUUUUUCGCCUCUAUCCGGCUUCAAUUUUUUCUUCUUUUUCCGCCAUCAACUCGUGCGAUUUUUCGACCGAAUUACGAUCGAUUUUUCUUUCGAUAGACCAUACUCAAAUGUAUCCGCUUCCGGUCAAUAAAUUUUUAUAGUUUCACCAUGCUUCAAGGUGUCUAGACUUUUCCAUGAAAUUAUGCUUCGGAUAGUGCAUACGAUCGGUGUAAAAAAUUACGGCAAAUAUCCCCGGUACAUAUCGUUAUGGAUAAACUUUCGGAAAAAUGAAUAAGGAUGCACCUAUCGAAGACACGUUCCUGAUUGCAACGCUACGUGCUAUUGGAUGCCAAUCGUUGCACGGUGAUGUGUAUCUGUAUAUAUUGGAGCACGCAUACGUUAUGCAUGUAUACGUAUGUAUGUUUCAGCUAUCGGGGCAUGUAGACAAAAUACAUACGUAUAUACAUAUACAUGUUACGUAGCGGGGAUAACCGAAUAGAACCGAACAUCGGCGAACAUUGCCGAUGCAAAAUAGCCGACAAUUGACUGAACGUCGAGGGGUCGGGCAGAAAAGAGACAAGCCAUUCCUUUGGUUUUAUGAUUUCCGAUGGAUGGCCCAGGGACAAUUACGUGGGAAGAAUUUAUCGAGAGUGCCGAAAAUUUUCUAGAGAUUUCGAAUAGAGUCUCCGAUGGAUGGGAACUUCGAGGCAACAAGGACGUAUCCGGAGAGGCGUACCUCUUUAGACAGAGAAAACAUAUGUUCCCUGGGAAUUAUUCGAUAUUCCAAAGUAACGACACAGAAGAUGAUUUAAAUUUCGAGUUAACAGACGAUCCAUUCGAAGCCCCCUCUACAAUCCAGAAACCAUUUGUCACGGAACACCACAUAGUCUGGUCCAUGAGCUACGGUGUUCCCGUAAUAUACUUUAAUGGCUGGAAGUCAGAUUUCCCUGGCAUCAAUCCAAUAACCGUGCAAGAGGCUCAAUCAUUUGACGUGGGUGCAAAUUUAAGCUAUAAGGAACUUUCGCAGGCAAUACAUCCCAUGCUAGGCACUCCAUUCUUGCAUUUGCAUCCUUGCAAGUCGCAGGAACUGUUACAAUUUACAAGUAAAAGUAAAAACAAACUGGUUAGCUGGCUCAGUGUCAUUGCUCCUUCUGCGUUUCUUAAAUUACAACCCGAAUAUUAUAAUUUAACCGUGUAAGUUGUACUAUUUAACGCGUGUACUACAAUGCAGAAAAUAAAAUGUAUAAUACUGUAAUUAACAGAAA